GUCAUCGGUGACGGGUCGUCGUCGUCGGGUGUUGGCUCUCGGAUUUUUAAGGGCGGUUGUUUCGGGUGCUGAGGGAGGGAAACCGAGUUAAUACGAGAGAUUCGGUCAGUGCGAGUGGGAGUGAUUUUGAGGGAAGGGAAUUUUCAGACCGGAAGGGCUGGAAACUGGUUUGUGGGUUUUCUGUAGUGUUGUUAUUUCGCGUUAAAGGGGACUUGGGAACUGUCCGAUUUCGGUGAAUGUUUUGGAAAACGGAAACUGGACGUCAACAUGCCAAUUUGAGUUGGAAUCACCAUCCUUCCCAUGGGAUACACAUGGCUGGAAGUUGAAGCAAAACACAGCUGACUACAACAAGUCAGUAACGUCAACCAAUCAAGGAUUUUUAUUUUGCAUUUUUUUGUUGGAUCGGUGUGUGGAUUGACAGAGGCCGCCGAAGCUUCGCGGCAAUCGAUUCGAAGCUGUCUCGUGGUCUGACUUUGUGAAAGAGUGUUUGAUUAAAUUUUAAAAUCCAAUUCUCAAUUGAGAUACCCUUCCCCGACUUCUCACGGCAACGUCAGCCCCAAACAUUGUUGGAUUUCGGUAGGGCUAAGGGUGGCUCUUUAAAGGAAGAGUAGAAGGGAUUUGAUUUAUACCAUCAGGCGUGUGGCUGGGAGAUUCGUUCAGUCGUGUCGUCGGAAAUUCGUCGCGGAUCGGCUUGUUGUGGGUGACAUUCGUGGAGUGAUUGGAUUUUCGAAGAUAGAGGAAGCUGCGGAACGAAACGAGCUUUUUGUGGGGGUUUUGGGUGAAGGGAGUUGUUUUUUUACGUGCGGUAAAGAAGAAGAAUGUUCCGUUCAGCCUUGGCUGCUGUCGAAGAUAACCGAAUUGGAUGAUACUGACAGGACCGAUAAGAGAAGCGUCUGAGGCGAACUUGUCGGAAGAAGGCGAUAAAAGUUGGUUGAAGAAUGUAGUGUCAAGGACAGAAUCAACGAACGACAGAGAAAGCUUUCCCAAUAUCCGAUCAAACCCUAACUUUAGGGGAAAAUUUAUGUAUCUUUGAAAUGGUGUUUCGGUGCUUUAUUGGUCCUGCAAGUGAUGAAUGAAGCUUCAGGUGAUGUGUCAAAUUGAUGAAUGUUGUUCAAACUCAACUUUGAAACUUCGCUCCAUCUGCCAAAACAAUACUGACGGAUCAGAUGUCGUUUUCCUAGAAAAUACCGGUCGAUAGUCAAUUGUAUAUUCCACCAGUCCAAAAUAACGAGAUACCUUAAGACAUUUUAUCCAUUUUCCUACCUUUCUAUUAGAAAAUAAUCCUAGCCUAACUUAAGGCUGAUUAAUCAACGUAAUUAUCCGGAGGUUUUCCCGAGAAAAAUGUCCACCACUAGAAAACAAGCCCAUUAGCUCAUUGCUGAACAUAAAACGACUCGAGUCUAAAAUAUUAUCAUAAAUUGCGAAGAAAAUUACUCCAGCUUCCUCAACGCAAUUCAUCCCCCUUUCCAUGUCCUAGAAACAAGCUAGAAAAAACACCAAUUUCCUAUCACACGGGGGCCAAACGCGACCGGAAGCUUUCGUCCAACGACAGCUGGGUCCCCAACAUCGUCCCCAAAGAGAAAAAAAAAAUAGAAAGAAAACGGAAAACAGAAGAAAAUCAACCGCCGAAGACAUCCAUCAGCGCGGCACCAACCACUGAAUGAUGUUUUGAGCGAACCAGGAAAGAAGAAUGUGAUCUCAAACCUCCCCGUCAUUCAAACAACAAAAUAAGUGAUGAGAAGAGGAAGGGAAGUGUCCGCGGAAAGGCAAAACCUUAAGAAAACGAACCUCAACAAGCAACCAACUAAGUAAAGAAGAGAGAGCAGAAGUUAAUCUCGCGUGGCUCAGCGCGGUGACUUUCCUUCGGAAAGUCUCCUCGGGAAAGUCUUCCCAGGUCCGUCACUAGUCCGCGUUCCGGAACCAUCUGUGCGGUGUAAUCGUUGAAGUGAAGAAACCUGGGAAAACCCCAAGAAGAAGAGGAAAAUUAUAAGAGUGUUUCGACGACAACGCAAGUAAGAGUCCCGUGGCACAAUCCCCCUGCGGGGGGUAAAAUCUCAUUUACUUACACCUUGUGACGAAGAGGAAAAAAUCAGAAAAAAAAACAAGUGAAUACCUAAAACCUCGAACCAAACACCGCAACAAUUAUGGAAUUAAUCAUGGCUAGCGGAAGAAGUAGAAGCACCAGAUUUCUCCUGUUCCUGGGGAUGCUUUUGCUAGGAAUACUGAAUCGUGAACACCGGAGGACCGGAAUCGGGGGAGUAGCCGGGCAGGUGCCCACCGAGAAAUUUCCACUAGGUGCCAUUUUCGAGCAGGGCACGGACGAAAUCCAGUCGGCGUUCAAAUUUGCCAUGCUGAACCACAACCUGAACGUGUCGGCGAGGCGCUUCGAGCUGCAGGCCUACGUGGACGUCAUCAACACGGCGGACGCUUUCAAACUGUCACGGCUCAUUUGUAACCAGUUUUCCCGGGGCGUCUUUGCCAUGCUCGGGGCCGUUUCGCCCGAUUCCUUCGACACGCUGCACUCCUACAGCAACACCUUCCAGAUGCCAUUCGUGACGCCCUGGUUCCCGGAGAAGGUUCUGGCGCCGUCGUCCGGAUUUCUGGAUUUCGCCAUCAGCAUGCGACCCGACUACUACCAGGCCAUCAUCGACACAGUGCGCUACUAUGGCUGGGAUCGGAUCAUCUACAUGUACGACUCGCACGAUGGUCUCCUAAGGUUGCAGCAAAUCUACCAGGGACUGCGACCCGGAAACGAAACCUUCCACGUCGAAACGGUCAAGCGGAUAGCGAACGUGAGCGAUGCGAUCGAAUUCUUGCGCACCAUCGAGGAGCUCAACCGGUGGAGCCGGAAGCACAUCGUCCUGGAUUGUAGCACCGAGCUGGCCAAGGACAUCGUCGUCAGUCACGUGCGGGACAUCACCCUCGGGAAAAGGACCUACCAUUAUUUGCUGAGUGGUCUGGUGAUGGACGACCGCUGGGAAAGUGAGGUGAUCGAGUACGGGGCCAUCAAUAUUACCGGUUUUCGGAUUGUGGACACCAGCCGGAAGUACGUGAAGGAAUUCCUGGACGGCUGGAAGCGCCUGGACCCAACGACGUCCCAGGGCGCCGGCAAGGAACUGAUCUCGGCUCAGGCCGCGCUGAUGUACGAUGCGGUUUUCGUGCUCGUCGAGGCGUUCUCCAAGAUAGUGCGCAAAAAGCCGGACCAGUUCCGGGCCUAUACGAUGCGAAACCGGGGCCAACCGUUCAAUCUUCCCGCGAAUGGAACGCGAACCAUGGACUGUAAUAUGUCCAAGGGAUGGGUCACGCCGUGGGAACAUGGUGACAAAAUUUCGCGCUAUCUACGCAAGGUGGAAAUUUCGGGCCUCACGGGAGACAUCCGGUUUAAUGAGGACGGCAAGCGGCAGAACUACACCCUGCAUGUGGUCGAGAUGACGGUGAACAGCGCCAUGGUCAAGGUGGCCGAGUGGUCGGACGAGGCAGGACUAACGCCGGUGAUGGCCAAGUACACCCGGCUCAAGACCGACAUGCACUACGAGAAGAACAAGACCUACAUCGUGACGACCAUCAUCGAGGAGCCGUACGUGAUGCUGCGGCAACCGGAACCGGGAGAAACGUUGGAAGGGAAUGACCGAUUCGAGGGAUACUGCAAGGAUCUGGCCGAUUUGGUGGCCCGCAGGCUGGGAAUCAACUAUGAGCUACACAUCGUUAAGGAUGGGCAGUACGGCGCCGAGAAUCCGGACGUGAAGGGCGGCUGGGACGGCAUGGUCGGCGAGCUGGUGCGGAAAGAGGCGGACAUCGCAAUCGCAUCGAUGACAAUUACCUCGGAACGGGAGCGGGUUAUCGACUUCAGCAAGCCGUUCAUGUCCCUCGGCAUCUCCAUUAUGAUCAAACGGCCGGUCAAGCAGAAGCCGGGUGUGUUCAGCUUUCUCAACCCGCUGUCCAAGGAGAUCUGGAUCUGUGUCCUCUUCAGCUACGUCGGAGUCAGCGUCGUGCUCUACAUCGUGUCACGCUUUUCACCGUUCGAGUGGCGGCUAGUUAAUUAUAACGACAAAGGCAACGCGUUUGGCCUACUUGCAGGCGAACAACCGGAUGCUGUUCCGCAGGCCACCGUCAAUGAGUUCAGCAUUCUGAACUCGUUCUGGUUCGCGCUCGGGGCCUUCAUGCAGCAGGGCUGUGACAUCUCGCCCCGGUCCAUUUCCGGUCGGAUCGUCGGAUCGGUUUGGUGGUUCUUCACGCUCAUCCUCAUCUCGUCCUACACUGCCAACCUGGCCGCGUUCCUGACCGUCGAACGAAUGGUCACCCCCAUCAACUCGGCCGAAGAUCUGGCCUCCCAGACCGAAGUCCAGUACGGAACGCUGAUUCACGGUUCCACCUGGGAUUUCUUCCGGAAAUCGCAAAUUUCCCUCUACAGCCGAAUGUGGGAGUACAUGAACUCGCGGAAGCACGUGUUUGUCAAAACGUACGAUGAGGGCAUUCGGCGGGUGCGAACAUCCAAGGGCAAGUACGCGCUGCUCAUUGAGUCGCCGAAGAACGAUUACACCAACGAGCGAGAGCCGUGCGAUACGAUGAAGGUGGGCCGGAAUCUGGAUGCGAAGGGUUUCGGCAUUGCCACCCCACUUGGGUCGCCAUUGAGGGAUCCCAUCAACCUGGCCGUACUUUCGCUAAAGGAAAAUGGCGAACUGACGAAGUUGGUCAACAAAUGGUGGUACGAUCGGACAGAGUGCAAGCACUAUGAGAAGCAAGACGCCUCCCGGAACGAGCUUUCGCUAAGCAACGUGGCCGGAAUAUUCUACAUCCUGAUAGGGGGCCUUCUGGUAGCACUGGCCGUCGCUUUGAUUGAGUUCUGCAUGAAAAGUGCCAACCGGGGGCCCUCAAAUCGGAUACCCCUGUCGGACACGAUGAGUUCGAAUUCCAAUUCUAAAAAUCGCCUGACGAUGCCCCCAACGACUCGGGAGUACGAUAACGGACGAAUCGGGUACUACACUCCAUCGACGCACUCCGACCCGGACCCAAUUCAUGCCAACUCCCACACGCAGGUUUGAUGUAAGGAACCGCCGGAAUUACGCCUAUGACGACCACCAUACGCACCGACCAUUCGACAGAUCGUGGCCAACAGUCAACACGACACGUCCACCCUGUUGAAGCAACGAGGGAUUGCGGUUGCCGGCGGAGUUCCUGGAGGAUCCCCCGGAAGUGUUCUAGGUCCCGGUGGCGGUGGAAUCGGUGUGGUGCACGAUAAUUCUGGCUUGUAGAAGAUGUCCUCCCCUCAAUUCACACUUUACACCCAACUCCAGCUCCAGCUGUUAGAUUGAAACUCAAAAGUUCCCGAAGCACAGAAAAAAAAUCCAACAAAAUAAAUCCCAACUGAUAAAUGCAACUCUUGAACGAUACCAUUCCAAACUAACGUACAGAACAGAACAGACAGACAGAUACCUAAUCCUUUUAAUUCAAAGAACUGGUGUGAAUGUGCGAAUCAAUGUUAGCUGUAAAAGGUGCCAAAGGCGAUUUUGAAAGAACUUUGAAAGGAUCAGAUCGAUCGAGAACCCAUUAUCACUGAUACGAAACGUAGGUCAUAAUUGUAAGAACGUAAAACAGGUGUACAUAGUUUAGUUUUUGUUAUGAAAUGUAACUCUUUAAGGUAUACUAGGUAAUCAAAUUUAAAGCAAAAACCACUACUUCAAAUCAAACUCAAGAUUCUGCCCAACAAAAUGUAAAAAGAAAACGAUCGAUCGUGUUAGACUUGGAGGCAGAAACCUGAAGUGACACGACUUAAGAAAAAAUCAAGAAUCAAAUGAAAACAAAAAAAAGCUGCUCUCUGUUAUUUGUUCAUUGAAAUAUAAAUAAACAAACAAAACUUAAUGGUUCAUUCGAACGCUAAAAAACAUAAAACAAAUCAAGCAACACUGAAAACUAAAUCGUAUAUAAAAUAACAAAAAAAACUACCGGAAACGCAUUGUAAUAUAACAAGCCAAAACAAUAGUUUUAACUUUAAUCAGUCGUAAUUAGCGAAAAAGAAAACAACUACUUAACCAUCAUGUACUUUGAAUAAGAAAAAAAAAUGAAGCAACCCGAAUCAAACACAGAAUCACACGCAGCAUUGCUAAUCAAAUCAAAUCUUGUCAAAUCAAACAGUACUGAAGGUUAAAAGAACUUGUUAAUAAGUAAGCAACAAACCGAGAAACAAAAAUCGUUCGAUCUCUUAAGUUAACUCAUCUUUUUCCCUUUAUCAUUGAUCGUGUUGUUUAUCCUCGAAGGGAUAUAAACACACUUGCAUUUCUCAACAGUGAGCGCGUUAGAUCUUCCUAAGGUGGAAUAAAUAAAAUAAAAAUUUCUUUCUGGGAUAACGAAUUAAAUUCCUUAUAAAAAAAAAGACGACAAAACAGACAACCAUGAGUGCUGAAAUUUAAAAAAAAAAAAACGAGGAAAGAGUCUAUGAGGCUGUCAAUUGAUUGUUGGAAAAUUAAAAUAUUCGAGAAAAAACCUUAAACUUCCUAAUUUUUAUCCAAAUACUGACUGAUUUUGACUUUGUUUUACUGAUCUCAAAUGAAGUAUUCGAACGUCAAAGCAGCUUCGUUGAUUAUAAUGAAUUCAAAAAUAUGUUUUCAAUUACGUGCAGCCUUCAAGACUAAGAAAGUUACCAUCAAGGGUUAAUUUGAGAAAAAAAAAAACAACAAAUGAUUUCAGAGCCAAAACCCAAAA